UGAAUUGAUCUGAAAAGAUUCACAAUGGAGGCAACGUUGAACGUGUUAAGUACAGGAGAUUUAGGUAUCAGUACAUCAACCGACGGUGUAUGGGAUAAAGUUUGUCUGGCGUAUCCUCUUCUUACAAGUAAUGAGCUUCCUGAAGAAUGCCCAGAUGAUGAUAAUGUCUUGAAGGAAAUUAAUGAAUUGAAGCUUAAUACAUUUGUAGAAGACAUUGUAAUAUGUCGAAUUGAACAGAUAAUGCGCCAGAAGAUCACUCCAGAAUUCUGGGGCAGAUUUUCUGGCCGAAAAACUGAGAUUGAUGGUUUUGAACGCUUUAAAGGUGCUGUUGACUAUUUAUACAGUUCCCUGGCCAGUUUCCUUUCUACAGUGGAAAAACUGGAAAAACUUAGAUUCAUUUCCAGAUUUAAUCGAGUAAUUUAUGGUGAAGACACAUUACUUGGAGCUUUCAAAGUGAUUAUGACAUCAACAUUACUGUCUCAGCUUCCAUUGACCCAUCAAGUAAUUACUGAAGACUUCUAUAAGGUGUCUUUCAAAGUGUUUUGCAAUACGGAUAAAUCUGAGGCUGAUCAAGAUGAAUCAACAGAAGAUGUUGUACAGUGUGGCGGUUGCAGCCAUGAGAUUGAGCACUGCCGGUGUCAGACAAUCCUGUCAGUGUUCCAUGAAACAAACAGAAAACUCAUAGAGCUGGACCUUCUGGAGAGACUUGCAGGUGAGGUAAUCACUUCUUUAAUUCAUAUCAGGAUUGAAAACCAUGUUCAAGAAUCCUGCAAAGGAAGCUUUGACACAUCAUACAUAUCUUCGUUGGAAUCAUGGCUCAGUACAGUUGUGUUGGGAUGGCUGACUCAUGUGUACAGCGGGAAUGCAGCAUCAACUCAGUCUUCAAUAAAGAAAUUUCAUCAGAAAAUAUCACACUUCCUAUAUGAGACUUACACUCGCACAAGAAUCGAACAGUUGUUCAAUAUAAUUAUAGAAUACCCCGAUUCACAGCCUGCAGUAGAAGAUUUGCGGAUUUGUCUGCAGAAAACAGACUUGAGGUUGUAUCUAACACAGAAGUUGCAGCGUGCCCUUGAGACACGAUUGCUCCAUCCAGGAGUUAACACUCCAGAUGUGUUAACUGCAUACGUUGCAGCUAUCAGGGCUCUUCGACAGUUGGAUCCAACAGGAGUGCUCCUCGAAACAGUGACUCAGCCAGUCAGACAGUACUUGCGUUGGCGUGAUGACACUGUCCGAUGUGUAGUAAGUAGCUUGACAGAAGAAGGGCCAAGCGAGCUGGCAGACGAGCUCGUGAGGGGUGAAGCAUUGCAACUAGAUGAAGGCACUCCUUUAGAUGAAGAUAUGGCUAAUUGGGAAACCUGGAACCCUGAUCCUGUUGAUGCUGAUCCAUCCAAGACUUCUAAAAGUCGACGAACAUCAGAUAUUAUUUCUAUGCUAGUGAAUGUAUAUGGAAGCAAAGAGCUGUUUGUGAAUGAAUAUCGUACACUCCUAGCUGAUCGUCUCUUGUCUCAGUUCAGCUACAACACUGAGAAGGAGAUUCGGUAUCUUGAACUUCUGAAGCUCAGGUUUGGAGAAUCACAACUUCAUUACUGUGAAGUCAUGUUGAAAGAUGUUUACGAUUCCAAGAGGAUCAAUGCUCAUCUUCACUCAGAUCCCAACUUCAACCUUGACAGACAGCAGUUCCCAUCCAUGGCAAUGAUUUUAUCAGCACAGUUUUGGCCACCAUUUAAAGAAGAAACUUUAGAGUUACCCAGUUUUGUGAAAGAACACCUACAAAUUUAUACAAAAGCUUUUGAGACUUUGAAGGGUAAUCGCACAUUAAGCUGGAAACCACACCUGGGGUCUGUAAACAUUGAUAUUGAGCUGAAAGACAGGAAAAUCAAUCUGACAGUAUCUCCAACUCAUGCCACUAUCAUUUGGCACUUUCAAACAAAAAAUCAAUGGACAGUUGAAGAACUGAGCCAGUUAAUGCAUGUUCCUGCUACAGUGUUGCGGAGGAAGAUAGCUUUUUGGCAGUCUCAGGGCAUGCUGCGUGAGGUUUCAACUGACUCAUUUCUACUAGUUGAGGAGAGUGCUACACGCUCUAGGUGCCCAGUGGCUCCUGACAUGGUGUGUGAAGAUGAAGAGACAGAGAGUGCGAUGGCUUCAGCCCAUGACCAAAGAGAAGAAGAAUUACAGGUCUUCUGGUCAUACAUUGUUGGAAUGUUGACAAACUUGGAUUUGAUGCCAUUAGACCGAAUCCAUCAGAUGUUAAAGAUGUUUGCAUCCCAGGGUCCAACAGCCGUUGAAUGUAGUCUUCAAGAAUUGCGUCAUUUUUUGGAUAGGAAGGUGCGGGAGCAUAAACUUCUGUUCAGUGGGGGGUUUUACCGCCUUCCGAAGUCAUGAAUAUCAGUGUGCUUGGUAAGUUUUUGUAGUCUAGUUUCUGUGCACAUACAUUGUUACAUGUUUAUUGAAGAUCGUUGCUGUGUUAUGUAUGCCUGUGAUUUACACAGCUGCUUUUUAUGAAACUAUUAGUUUAAAUGUAAAUGUGAUGUAUUGUUGAAACACGAGAAACAUAAUAAAGAUAUUAAGUUAUGUACAUA